GCGCAGACCGAUCCCACCCGGCAUAUGAUCUGGGCCCCAUGUCAGCCGGAGCAGGCAGCACCAGCUCGCCACGGCACUGCUCGCAGCCGGAGCUAUGACCUUAACGAAGGAGAGCUUCCACGGGGCUCUUCCGCCCAUCUCUGGAGUGGCCAAGGCUGACAUGGAUGGUACCAGGGAGAAGGAGGAAGCUCCGAGGCAGUCGGUGAUGAGGAGCGGAGCAGCGGUGCCGAGGAGGCGAGCGGUGCGAAGGCUGGUCAUGCACAGCAUGGCCAUGUUCGGCCGGGAGUUCUGCUAUGCCGUGGAGGCUGCCUUUGUCACGCCAGUGCUGCUCAGUGUAGGGCUGCCCAAGAACCUCUACAGCCUCGUGUGGCUCAUCAGCCCUAUCCUGGGCUUCGUGCUGCAGCCCGUGGUAGGUUCAGCCAGUGAUCACUGCACCUGUAGCUGGGGCAGGAGGCGACCUUACAUUCUGGGUCUGGGCAUCAUAAUGCUGUUAGGCAUGGCUUUGUACCUCAAUGGGGACGUGAUGAUCUCAGCUUUCAUCGAUGAGAGAGACAAGCAGCGGACGUGGGCAAUAGUCAUUACCAUGCUGGGAGUAGUACUUUUUGAUUUUGCAGCUGAUUUUAUUGAUGGUCCCAUCAAAGCAUAUUUAUUUGAUGUCUGCUCUCAUCAGGAUAAAGAGAAGGGUCUGCAUUACCACGCCCUCUUUACAGGUUUGGGAGGAGCCCUGGGUUACCUCACAGGUGCUAUGGAUUGGGGUCAAACUAUACUAGGAUAUACCUUGGCAUCAGAAUUCCAGGUGAUUUUCUUCUUCGCAGCCUUGGUUUUCAUAAUCUGCCUUACCGUACAUCUGUGCAGUAUUCCUGAAGUCCCACUCAGAUACGAGAAUGAAGAGACAAAGUUCUUGUUGGAAGUGACUGAACCCCAUAAAUACAACUCCACAGAGGAGGAAAUCAAGAAUGGUUACUUAAAAUCAACAUGUUCCGAAAUAAAGGCUGCAGCCAAGCCAGGGAAAUGUGCGGUGGUGUCACGCACAGAGGAAAAAAGGCAGAUGACCCUUAAAUCACUCUUGAAGACACUUUUAAGCAUGCCAUCCCACUAUCGCUGUCUAUGUGUGAGCCACCUCUUUGGAUGGAUGGCUUUCCUGUCCAAUAUGCUCUUCUUCACGGAUUUCAUGGGACAGGUUGUGUACCAUGGGAAUCCUUAUGCACCUCACAACUCCACACUUUACCUUACCUACAAAACAGGGGUAGAGAUGGGGUGCUGGGGACUGUGCAUCAAUGCAGUUUCUUCAUCAGUCUAUUCUUACUUGCAGAAAGUCCUUCUGCCAUACAUAGGAUUAAAGGGACUUUAUUUCAUUGGAUACCUACUUUUUGGACUGGGUACUGGAUUAAUUGGAUUGUUUCCCAAUGUGUAUUCCACUCUGGCUCUUUGUUCACUCUUUGGAGUCAUGUCCAGCACACUGUACACAGUGCCAUUCCACCUCAUUGCAGAGUAUCACAGGGAAGAAGAGAGCCUGAAGCUGCAGGAAGGGGAAAAAGCAGGGGAGCACGGGCGAGGGAAGGGCAUCGACUGUGCUGCUCUGACCUGCAUGGUCCAGCUGGCCCAGAUCAUUCUUGGCGUGGGCCUGGGGCUCCUGGUUAGUGUUGCUGGCAGCACUGUCACCGUGAUUUCAGCAUCCACAGUGGCGCUGAUCGGCUGCUGCUUCGUGGCUUUCUGCGUUCGCUACGUGGACUAGGAUUGCAAGACGCAGUUGGAAGAAAUCUCCCCAGGGGAGCGUUUCCUUUCUGGGUCAGUAGCACUGGUGCUGUUGCUGUGCUGACACUGCUGGCACGUCAUCCUCUCUUACCUCCUUGGAUCGGUUGCAAUUCCAGAGCUUUAUGAAAUGGAGACUUGAUAAAACUGGUUACCUAAUGCCUCUCUCACACCAACACACACACAGUGUGUUCACAUGCUGUGACAUGUGAUGGUGUGUGUGUGGCCAUAGUAUUUUGAUGCUCUGCAUUGGGAGUCAUUAUGAAACUCCUCAUUACCAAUUUGUGAAAGUUAACGGAUGAAGAAUGUGAUAAAUUGACGUAAUAUAAAAGGACAGAGCUAGGAAGAAAAAUCUUUAUUUAUCUUGUAUUUCAAGUGUCUUAUGUUGGGGGCUGUUCCCUCAAGUAGAUUCAAACAGGUGUCAGAGGCCAUGCAGGGUGCAGUUCUGUUAUUAGUGGUACUGCUAAAUGGGAUCAGUUAAUUACCAGCUGCUGUCAAAAGCAGAAAAGAGUGUGAAAAAUGACCGGAUUAUAAAAAAGAUUGAAGCCUAUUGUUUAAAAGCAUUGCUGUAAAGUAAUUAUUUUGUUCCAGAUCCUGCUGCUUCUGUAUAAAUGAAGUGAAAGUACUGGCUGAGCUUGUCAGGAAAAUCUGCCUAGGGCUGCUUUGCAAAUCCAUGUGUAGGUACCUAAAAAUCUGUCUAUGGGAAACAAUUGCCAUUUCUUCCUUCUUUAAAAAGUAGCCUCUCAGUUGUGAUGUUGUAAUUUAAAAAACAAACUUGGCCAAUGUAAGAAUUUGAUGGCUUGUUGACCACAUAAAUCUUGACACUGGAUAUGACAGUGUUUACCUUGAAGUAGCAUCUCUCUUUUCUCUGUUUUCUUUCAUGCUUUGACUGAAAUGGCAUUUGCUCUCUAUAGAAUACUGUAAAUAAAUACAGUUCCGCAAAGCACUGUCAGGAAUUAUGUACAGUAAAUACAUAAACACCAGUUAUUUGUAUUUAAUUGCAUAUGAAGCUUCAUUCUUAUUUUUUUAAUACUGCCAGAGUUUUGAAAACCUGUUUGUGAAAGCAAUAUACUGUAUUUAUGCUGUCCUUACUCUGUCCUGAAAAUUGUCAUAUCCAUCAACCAUGUUAUAUAUUAAGCCACAUGAAGCCAUCUGCUGAUGCAACACUGUUAAUGAACAUUGAGAGACUAUGGGCAAGUAUGGUGUUAUGGUUCUUUUUGUUCUUAAUGUUGCACAUGUAUCAUCAACACCGUUCAGAGAAAUGCAGUGUUGAGUUUAUGAACUCUUAGAAGCUCUCCAAGACAUGAACUGACAACACCAAAAAUAAACAGCUACAUUUGAGCAUCAAGUGCCUCUGCAGAGAUCAUCAGCUUCAUCCUUUCUCUAUGUUUUCAAGAGUAGAGUCAGUCACAUACUCUCAGGAAAACCAACUUUCCCCUAGGUAAAUUCUUAUCAAUUUUAACAAGUCUGUGGGAGCCUCAGAUAUCUUUUCUCGAUAAUGACUGUGUCUCCACUGUAGGCUCAAAAGGAGGCUCAGUGCAUGGCAAACCUCACUACAGCAUCUGCAUCCUGCAUUUUGAAGGAAACACAUUUUAUGGUUUCUUUUGGUUUGUGGCUCUUCAUUUCACACCCAUGAAUGAGAAAACCUGGGAGGACAGUGUUUGAAACAGUUUGCAGGCACUGAGACAGCUGGAUCACGAGGGCCUCAACCAGGACAAACAGGAGGAAGCCAGAAAAUAAAGGAUUGUUGUCUUCCCAAUUAGCUUUAUGCCAUCAUUAACUCACUAACUUCCAUUAAAUCUGUAUCUCCUGGGAGGAGAAAUUUUCAAGGGAAGAGGAAGGCAUCUCUGAAGCCAUAAAAACAGAUAAAGAAGGAGGUGAUCUGGUUUUAUAGGACUGCAUCAUGUAAACCUGUGCACCAGAGCUGAGAUCAUAAAGCUCUGAUUCCACUGUGAGGCUGUGAAAGAAAUUUUGCAAUGUUUACCUAUGUCUUCGUCAAUAUUUUUUUUGAGGUUUAACACUGUUAGAACAUUAACAUUGAAAUGGUCAAUGUUAUCCCUGCUCUGUUACACAAAGAGGAUGCUGGCAUUGAUUCAGGCCAACAAAGGGACCACAGACCUGUGGCAAUGUGAGAAGGGCUCUGAACCUGCAGACAGAAGACAGACGAGCCCAUCAUGAAUAUCAGUGCUUUUAUUUACAGAUUUAUUCAGAGAAAAAUAUUUCAGGAACUCAUUAUUAUUUCUUGUGAUCUCAUUAUCUUUCCCUUUAAAACCCACUGUGUGCUACAGAAGACAGAAACAUUUAAGUCAUCUUUUCUCUGGAAAUCUCCAUAAAAACAUCCUAUAUUGUUUCCAGGACUUCAAAACAGUAUCUUUAUGAGUCUUUGUUAGAAAUAGCAAAAAAGUAUAUAAAAGUAUAUACAAUUUGGAAAAUAGUGUCUAAAUAUAAAAAAUAAAUUAUGAUGGUGCUCAUUCUGAAGUUGAAAAUGUAUCUCAAGUGUUACUGAAAACAAUAUUAAAUGUUACUAACUCAUAAAAGGGGAUAAAGCAAGUGUUUCUUUUAGCAAUAGAAAUGUACUAAUGUAUGUUACUAAUAUAUUACUAAUACAUGAAAGGGGAUAAAAUAUUUAUUUCAGCAAAAGAAGUGCUAAAAUGUUAAAAAUGUUGAAGAUAUUGAAGGAUUGUACUGUAAUGCUAUUAAUUUAAAGAGUUCCACUUUUUCUGUGCUUUUACACUAGUUCUGGACUUGAGCCAUCAAUAUGAUCAUUUACUGUACUUAACAUCAAUUUUUAUAGCAAUGAUGUGAGUAUAAAGUUAAAAACACCCUGUGCCUGAUCUUUCUCAUCUGGUUUUAUUUCCAUAUACAUAAAAUCAAAUAAAUAAAGAUCAUCUCUAUAUCAUGUUUAUGCAAAUGAUACACUUAGACAAACCACACAGGAUCCCAGAAGAGGUCAGGUUGGAAGGGCCCACCGUGGGUCAUCUGGUCCAACCUCCCUGCUCAAGCAGGGCCAUGCCAGACCACAGGGCACAGGAUUGUGUCCAGACAGUUCUCAAACGUCUCUGGUGAAGGAGACUCCACACCCUCCCAGUCACCUCAUUUGGAGGCUGAACAAGCCCAGGUCCCUCAGCCUUUCCUCAUAAGAGCGAUGCUCCUGUCCCUUAAUCAUCCUUAUGUCUCUCCUCUGAACCCUCUCAAAGACGAGAUGUCCCACCACAACCAACCCUCCUCCCUCCUACCCUCACAAAAAUAGUCAUGGUUGAACAAAACAAGGCAGGAGACAAGUCUGUCACCUUAUCUUCAAGGCACUUCUCUUCUUCUUUCUCUUACAAACAUCUGCCACUUAUUCCCCUUUUACAAGUAGGCAUGUGAUGCAAGCAAACCCUUAAAGGAACUUCUGGUUCUCCUGUUUAGAGGGCUUCAAGUCUUAGUAAGGUCACAAGUGUUCUGAUAUUUUUUUCCCCAGUGUUCAUUUUGUGUUUCAUUGUGUUCUCAUUAAGUUUCUUUGACUUGCUUGAAAACAAGCAACUGAGGUGGCUUGUGGCAGAUAAACCAUUUUUUUCUGGAAAGGCUACACAAGUCAGCAUGAAUCACAAAUCUCUUUGCCUUGGGAGAACUCACAGCUUUCACACUGGUGCCUAUGAAUCACAACCAGUCCCUGCAGUAUGUCAAAAGAUGGUGUAAGUGAAUGUGGCAAUGGUGACAUUUGAUAUUUUUGAACUGUAGAAGGAUUGGGUGGAAGUAUCUGCUGUAAAAUGUCUUUUACUUUUGGCAUGAUAAAGCUAUAAAAAAUGAGCUAUAAAACAAAAUUUUCUUGUCUAAGUUUCCAGCAUUCAUUUCCAUUCUCUAGCUGCUCCAUCUUGUUUAUUUAAGAGGUAAAUGUUCAGGGUCACUUGUUCAAGACUAAACUGUGAAAAGUGAUUUGUAAUUUUUAUGGGCCCUGACGUGAUGCAUCCACGAGUGCUGAGGGAGCUGGCAGACAUCAUAGCCAGAGGCUCAAGAUCAUCUUUGAAAAGUCAUGGAGAUCAGGAGAGGUGCCUGAGGUCUGGAAGAAAGCAAAUGUCACCCUGGUAUUCAAAAGAGGCAAGAAGGAGGACACAGGGAACUGGAGCCAGUCAGUCUCACCUCAAUCCU